AUGGAUGCUUCUGUGUUGGCAGCUCUGGCGGCGUUAAUCCUUGCUUCAAUCUUCUUGCUGAGCAAGCAGAGGAGCUCAGCGAGAGAAGAUCACCGGCGGCAGCAGCUGCCUCCGGGCUCCUUGGGUCUGCCCGUCAUCGGCCAGACGCUGGGCUUCUUGAACGCCCUCCGCAGCAACACCGCCGAGGCAUGGCUCCGGCAGCGGGCCGCCACGCAUGGCCCCGUGUCGAGGUUCUCCUUCCUCGGCGUUCCAACGGUCUUAAUCGUCGGCCCCUCCGCCAACAAGUUCUUCUUCUCCAGCCCUGGGCUCACCGCCAAGACCACAAUGGCAGCGAACCGAAUGGUUGGCAAGCGGAACAUCCGGGAGCUCACCGGCUCCGACCACCGGCGCGUCAGGGCCAUGUUCGUCAAAUUCCUCAAGCUGGACGCCGUUAGGGGCUACGUCGCCAGCAUCGACGAUGAGGUCCGGCACCACCUUAGCACCGAGUGGCGGGGGCAUGCCACCGUCGCGGUGAUGCCGUCGAUGAAGUCGCUCACUUUCGACAUCAUGUGCACCGCCAUCUUUGGGCUCGACAGGGGAGCACACGCCGCCGUGAGGCAAAAGCUGUCGGUGGAGUUCCAGCAGCUGGUGAGGGGCACUUUGUCCGUCCCGUUGAACCUGCCCUUCACCACCUUCCGCAAGUGCCUCGCCGCCAGCCGCCGUGGGCGGCAAACUGUUGCGAGGAUCAUGGAGGAAAAGCGUGCCAAGCUGGAACGAGGGGAGAUCUCCCCGUCCGACGACCUGAUGACCCACAUGCUCUCUGAGGGUGUUGCCGAUGAAGACAUCAUCGACAAUGUCAUAUUCAUGAUGUUGGCGGCACACGACACCACCGCCAUCCUCCUCACCUUCCUCAUCCGCCACCUCGACAACAACAGGGACGUCUACACUAGAGUCGUCGCCGAGCAAGAAGAGGUCGCUAGGAGCAAGGCUCCGGGGGAAUCACUGACGUGGGACGACCUCGGCAAGAUGAGGUACACAUGGGCGGUGGCAAUGGAGACGCUCCGAUUGGUUCCGCCGGUGUUCAGCAACACCAGGAGGGUGGUCGACGACGUGGAGUUCAAUGGCCAUUUGAUACCCAAGGGGUGGCAAGUGAUGUCGGCGGUGAACCUUACGCAGUGGGACCCGGCCAUCUUCCCGGACCCCGACAAGUUGGACCCAACAAGGUUCGAGAGCCCUUUACCACCCUACAGCUUUGUGGCAUUCGGUGGCGGUGCAAGGGUCUGUCCCGGGAACGAGUUUGCGAGGGUGGAGGCGCUGGUGGCCAUGCACUACAUUGUCACCGGGUUCAGGUGGAAGCUCGCCGCCGGCUGCGACGGCAGCUUCUCCAGGUACCCGAUGCCAUCCCCGGCUCAGGGCCUCCUCAUCGACAUCGAACCAAUCUGGGGUUGA